UGCGUGUGGGUGCAUGGUGGUGAUGUUGUAGCCCGGUGUAAUUCUCUUACGAAUUGGACUAAGCCGGAGAACGGAGUCUGAUGUCACAUGUGCUUCAUAGGAGGAGACGGGGCAUCUGCAAGCUGGAUUUUGUGGAGGAUGCUGCGGCAAGUGAUACACAGAUGGCUCAAGGCUUCGUUCUACUGGCUGGGCUUAUUCGUUAGCAGGCACCCCGUUUUUUUCCUCACUGUCCCCGCGGUCCUCACCAUCAUUUUCGGAUCUACCGUGCUGAGCCGAUUCAAGCCGGAGACGGACCUGGAGGUGCUGGUCGCCCCUACUCACAGCCUCGCCAAGAUCGAGCGGAGUCUCGCCAACAGCCUGUUUCCCAUCGACCAGUCGAAGCACAAGCUGUACUCGGAUUUGCACACCCCGGGCAGAUAUGGCAGGCUGAUCCUGCUGGCCAAGUCCGGGGGGAACAUCCUGGAGCUGGCCGAUCAGGUCCUACAGGUUCACAAGCAGGUGUUGGAUUUUCGCGUCAAUUACAAGGGAUUCAAUUACACGUUCGCGCACCUCUGCGUCUUGAGCCACAGGGACAAGCGCUGCCUCUUGGAUGAUAUCAUCACCAUCUUCGAAGAAAUCAGACUGGCCGUGCUUUCCAACAGCACCUUCCAUAAGGUGCCCGUGAGCUAUCCAAACACAACCUUAAAGGAUGGCCGUGUGUCCUUUAUCGGCCACCAGCUGGGUGGCGUGUCUUUCUCGGCCAACAGCCGUGACCAGCAGGUCAAAUUCGCCCGUGCUGUCCAGAUCACCUACUACCUCCGCAACCACGGACCCGUGGUGCAGGAUGCCAUCGCAGAACGUUGGGAGAAUGAGUUCUGCGCCCUGGUCAGACGGCUGUCCACGGCCGAGGCACCCCAUGCGUCUGACCAGCUCCACAUCUUGUCACUCACCUCCUUCAGCCUGUGGCGGGACUUUCACCAGACGGGCGUGCUGGCUAAAGGGGAAGUGCUGGUCAGCCUGGUGCUAGUGCUCCUUGCCGCAACCAUCUCCAGCUCCAUGCGGGACUGCCUGAGGGGGAAGCCGUUCCUGGGCCUCUUAGGCGUGCUAACCAUCUGCAUCGCCAACGUCACAGCUGCAGGGAUCUUCUUUAUAUCGGAUGGGAAGUUCAACUCUACGCUGCUGGGGAUCCCAUUCUUUGCCAUGGGCCAUGGAACUAAAGGGGUGUUCGAGCUGCUGGCAGGCUGGAGGAGAACAAGGGAAAAUCUCCCCUUCAAGGAGCGCGUGGCGGAUGCUUUUGCUGACGUGAUGGUGUGCUACACCAUGACCAGUUCACUCUACAUCAUCACCUUUGGCAUGGGAGCUAGUCCUUUCACCAACAUCGAGUCUGUGAAAAUUUUCUGCCAGAGCAUGUGCGUGGCCAUCCUGGUCAACUACUUCUACGUUUUCUCUUUCUACGGCUCCUGCCUGGUGUUUGCUGGACAGCUGGAGCAGAACCGCUACCACAGUGUUUUCUGUUGUAAAAUUCCCUCUGUGGAGUACCUGGACCGCCAGCCCACAUGGUUUAAAACCAUGAUGAGUGACGGCCAUGACUUGUCCACUCACCAUGACAGCAUCCCGUACCAGAACCACUUCAUCCAGCACUUCCUGCGUGAGCACUACACAGAAUGGAUUACCAACACCUAUGUCAAACCCUUUGUGGUUAUCCUGUAUCUCAUCUACGCCUCUUUCUCAUUCAUGGGAUGUUUACAAAUCAGUGACGGAUCAAAUAUUGUGAACCUGCUGGCAAGUAACUCUCCGAGUGUUUCUUACGCUCUGACCCAGCAGAAAUACUUCAGUAACUACAGUCCCGUAAUUGGUUUUUACAUCUACGAGCCCAUCGAGUACUGGAACUCCACGGUGCAGGAGCACCUGAAGACUCUGAGUCAUGGCUUCAACAAGAUCUCCUGGAUGGACAACUUUUUCCAUUACCUACGAGUGGUGAAUGUGAGUGCGUCAACCAAAAGUGACUUCAUCACCAUCCUCAAAGGCUCCUUCCUGCGCAGCCCAGAGUACCAGCACUUCACUGAGGACAUCAUAUUUUCCAAAAACCGUGAGACUGAUGAGUACGACAUUAUCGCCUCACGCAUGUACUUGGUGGCAAGGACAACCGAGAAGAAGCGUGAAGAGGUGGUGGAGCUUCUGGAAAAGCUUCGCCCGUUGAUGCUGAUUAACAGCAUCAAGUUCAUUGCCUUCAAUCCUACGUUUGUGUUCAUGGACCGCUACAGCUCCUCUGUCAUCUCGCCCAUCCUGACCUCAGGCUUCAGCGUGCUCACAAUCCUCAUCCUCACUUUCUUCCUGGUCAUCAACCCCUUGGGAAACUUCUGGCUCAUCCUCACGGUAACAUCUGUGGAGCUGGGCGUCUUGGGUUUGAUGACCCUCUGGAACGUUGGCAUGGACAGCAUCUCAAUCCUGUGCCUUAUUUAUACCCUCAACUUUGCCAUGGAUCACUGUGUACCACACCUGUACACUUUUGUGCUAGCCACCGAGCACACUAGGACGCAGUGCAUCAAGUUGGCACUGGAGGAGCACGGAGCAGCCAUCCUACAGAACACAUCCUGCUUUGUGAUCGGGAUCAUGCCCCUAGUGUUUGUGCCUUCCAAUCUGACCUACACACUGUUCAAGUGCUCCCUCCUCACUGCGGGCUGCACUGUACUGCACUGCUUUGUCAUCCUGCCCGUCUUCCUGACCUUCUUCCCUCCAUCCAAAAAGAGACAUAAGAAAAAGAAACGGGCCAAACGUAAAGAGCGGGAGAGGGAGCGGGAAAGGGAGAGGGAACGAGAAAGGGAGGAGAUAGAGUGCAUCGAAGUCAGGGAGAAUCCAGAUCAUGUCACAAACGUCUGAGUAAUUUGUAAUUUUAGCACUGAAUAUCAGCGGGUAUCCGUCAGUUAUUGGCGGAUUAGAAGUGUUCUAAUGGGCAGGCACCUCUUGAGGUGCAAGGGAGUCCGAGAUGGCCCCUAAGGAGUGGGAACUGGUCACUCUCAACCAAUAGCAGCUAAGCUGACCAGAGUAGAGCGCAGCCCCACUGGUCAGUCAUUCAGUCCUUCAGUCUGGACAGUGUAUCUCAUUUGUGUAUCCACAAACUGCAACAUGCUCAUGGUUCUGAAGCUCUUUCCCAACUAUUUGGUAUAUAAAAACAAUUUAGUUACCAGAACUUGUGCUUGCUAAAUCCGUAAGUGAAUUCUAAACAUACAGUAUUAGUCCAUUUAAAUAUUAAGAAUUCUGUAUUCAUCUCUUGCGGCCGUUAUCUCAGAAGUGAGGAGCAUAGCAGUCUUUUAAGCCAAGGACACUCAGACAAGUUGGUGAAAGUGGUUAGUGUUAUCAUACAAAAUUGUACAAAUUAAACUGUGCAGGCCGUGCACACACCUUCCUCCUCACACCUAGAUAACAGAAACAAGAAACAAAACCAAGUGGAAAGAGAGAGACUGUGGACAGAAAGCACACCACAUGCUUUUCUGUAACAAUAAAAAUAGCUGAACAGCUGAACUGGGCAGAUGGCAUACACUGUGUCCAUUAUGAAGAAUUAUCUUGCACAUUGCACUGUGUGAAUAGAACUGCGAAAGUUUAAAUUAGCAGGAGGCAUACAUUCCUGCUUUAUUCCAGCGUUCAUAGAAGGUCUUAGGCAAUGGCAAAAAGAACUGCAGUGGGCUGCAGUGUAUGAAGAGGAAGUGAUAACUGACUGAAGUGCAGCAGUAUUUAAAAAGGCAGUAAGCCUGAGUAUGACUUAAGUAAACCCUAAAUUGCUUUUGUACCUGACCAGUAAAACCAAAAGCGAAGAGUGUUUCCUAGGCUUGAAAUAUUGAACUUUAUAGCAGGUGUAUAACAAUGAAAAGUUUCUGUUAGAGUAUGACUGUCUCUUUGAUCCACUUACAAAAGCUUACUGGCAUGGGAUUGGUAAUUGGAAGGUCUGAAUGUGAUUCAAAACUAGCAGUGGUGCCAAAUAGUGUACAGAUUUUUUUUUGCUUGACAGAUUUCUAUAAAAACAAACAAGUCUAAGUAAGUUUGAACUUUCACAUACAUGAACCAUGAAUCAUGAAUUAUUCAAGCUAAUUGAAUGAUUGCUCUAUAGUUGUGUUCAGGCUUGUGACACAGAUCAUGAAGCAGGCUUUAAAUGAGGCACUUUUUGUAAAGUUCACUGUCUCUUAAUAGUGUGAAAAGCUAAUAGAGAGCCGAAGGGAAACUAGAACUUCGAGAUUUGGUCCAGAAGUAAAAUAACUCAAAAUCACAUUGAAGGUUUGUCAUAAAACAAAUUACAGAAAAUCUAGCCUAACAACAUAACCUUGCUCAUGAGCAUGUCAUUCACUUCAUUUGUCUAGACAGGGAUAGUACAUUUCCAAAAAAUAAACAAAUAAUGCAUAAAUAUUUUUCUAU